UGUUUAUCUGUAAAAGUUGCCGUUUUGGGUUACGCUCAUGGUACUAGUUCAGCGGUGAACUAUUGCUUACUAAUUUUUGAUAAACAUUGCAACAAAAAGAUUCAAUAUUGCACGACCAUUAAUUGUUUAAUUAAGCACAGAGCAUAUUAAAUUUUGGAUGAACUGGAUGAAUCAGCGGGCUGACACAAGCAAAUAACGAGCUCCAGCGAAGGAAACAAUCUGACUGACUUUUGAACUGGAGAUUCCUCUUUGGUUUACGUGUCACUUGAGCUUGGUGUGAAAUUGAUGCCAAACUGGCACACAGCAGCGGUGGAAACAGUGGCAGGAGCAUGCGGCGCAAUAACUACCCAUAUCAACCAUUAAAUCAACAACAGCCAGCUGGCUCCAGCGGCCAUGAUGCAUUGGAGGCGGAGAAUGAGCGCGCUGCUGAGGAGCUGCAACAGAAGAUCGGCGCCCUCAAGUCGCUAACCAUUGAUAUUGGAAAUGAGGUGCGCUAUCAGGACAAGUUACUGCGUGGCAUUGACGAUGACAUGGAUCGCACCAGUGGAUUUCUGGGCAACACAAUGACGCGUGUAGUGCGUCUGGCCAAACAAGGAGGAGGCCCUAAGCAAAUGUGUUACAUGUUUCUCUUUGUGCUGUUUGUUUUUGUCCUGCUCUGGGUGACGCUCAAGUUCAAAUAGGAAGGCCAAGUGUUAAUUUUUUUAAAUAUAUAUUUAGA